GUCCGCCUUGGGCCAAUUGCAUUUCCGGGGUGACGGCACGCCUCGCCACAUCACAAGUCGGAGCGCCUCCUUCUCUCGCUUAAAUACGCGUUUGGGCGCCCCCCUCGCCCUCCGUUGUCAGUGUGACACCACGCCACAUCGGUCCUCCUGUCAAAAUGGCUCAGCAAUUCCCAUCCCUCUCUCCGGAGCAGAAGAAGGAGCUCUCGGAAAUCGCCCAGAAGAUUGUGGCCCCGGGGAAGGGAAUACUGGCGGCAGAUGAGUCUACUGGCACCAUGGGAAAGCGUCUCCAGAAGAUCAACGUGGAGAACACAGAGGAAAACCGUCGCUGCUUCCGCGACCUCCUCUUCACAUCUGCCGAUCCCGUCCCUGACGCCAUAGGAGGGGUCAUUCUGUUCCAUGAGACGCUUUACCAGAAGUCAGACAGCGGAAAGCCCUUCCCCCAAGUCAUCAAAGACAGGGGCAUUGUUGUGGGCAUCAAGGUAGACAAGGGCACCGCUGGCCUGAACGGAACAGAUGGAGAGACAACCACACAAGGUCUCGAUGGCCUCUCGGAGCGCUGUGCCCAGUACAAGAAGGACGGCUGUGACUUUGCCAAGUGGAGGUGUGUGCUUAAGAUCUCAGACAGUUGCCCCACUCCUCUUGCCAUCGCAGAGAAUGCCAACGUACUGGCCAGAUAUGCCAGCAUCUGUCAACAGAAUGGACUGGUGCCUAUUGUGGAGCCAGAGAUUCUUCCUGAUGGAGCCCAUGACCUGCAGAGAUGCCAGUAUGUCACAGAGAAGGUUCUAGCUGCUGUGUACAAGGCUCUGUCUGAUCACCAUGUGUAUCUGGAGGGAACGCUGCUGAAGCCCAACAUGGUCACCGCUGGACACUCCUGCACCAAGAAGUUCACCCCUCAGGAGGUCGCCAUGGCUACCGUGACGGCUCUGAGGCGCACCGUGCCAGCAGCCGUGCCGGGCAUCUGCUUCCUGUCUGGGGGCCAGAGUGAGGAAGAGGCCUCGCUCAACCUGAACGCUAUCAACCAGGUGGUGCUCAAUCGCCCCUGGAAGCUCACCUUCUCCUAUGGCCGUGCGCUGCAGGCGUCCACUCUUGCAGCCUGGCAGGGCAAAGCUGCCAACAAGGCUGCUGCACAGGAGGUUUUCUGCAAAAGGGCCAAGAUCAACGGUCUGGCUGCUAAAGGAGAGUACAAGGCCACAGGCUCGGCAAACCAGGCCUCCAUGCAGUCUCUGCACACCACCAACUACAUCUAUUAAAUGCUUUGACCUCAAGUGAUGACUCACUUGGACCAAAUACGGACAACCUGUAAUGUCUCUGAUGGAAGUACAUCAUCGAGGGGGAAGAUUGUCUUUAUCUCGACGAACUGCUGUUUGCCUCUUUAAAGGAAUAAAUUAAGUGACCAAAUGUG